CUACUAAGCGGUAAAACUAAGAAGUAAGAAUUCAGCAGUCAACUGACAGUCAUUUGCGAAGUAUACUUGUGUGAGAGUAGACGUGUUUUUUGUUGUUGCGUUUCUCAGUGACAAUUUAUACAUUGAUAAACUAUCAUGGCCGUGGCAUUAAAUAAAGGUAUAUUCAUAGUGGCAGCCAAAAGAACGCCGUUCGGUAAAAUGGGCGGCGUGUUGAAGGACGUGCGACCAGCAGACUUGCUGGCUGGAGUCGCCAAAGACGCCUUCAAGGCCGGCAAUGUGUCCCCAGCAGCGAUCGACACGGUCAACAUCGGUAUCGUCAACGUGCUAUCGGGUAGUCCUGAUGGUGGUCUAUCCCCUCGUCACGCGGCCCUCAAGGCCGGAGUCCCACAGGAGAAACCAGCUCUGGGUGUUAACCGACUGUGCGGAUCAGGGUUCCAGGCCGUUAUAAACAGCGCUCAGGACAUUAUCACAGGAUCGGCUAAUGUCUCCUUAGCUGGUGGUACAGAAAAUAUGUCUUCCGUACCGUUUUUGGUAAGAAACGUCCGACACGGAGUCCCUUUGGGCUCGAACAUAGAAUUUGAAGACACAUUGUUCAGACAAUCGUUAGACACCUACUGCAACCACACGAUGCCUCAGACUGCGGAAAACUUAGCUGAUCAAUACAAUUUGACCAGGACGGAAGUUGAUGAAUUUUCAUUUCAAUCUCAGCGGAAGUGGAAAGCCGCACAGGACAGCGGUGUGUUCAAGUCAGAGCUCUCACCCGUCACUGUGAGGGUGAAGAAGCAGGAGGUGACAGUGGAGGUGGACGAGCACCCUCGCCCCGACACCAGCCUGGAAGCCCUUCAUAAGUUACCCGUGUUGUUCAGGAAAGGUGGACUGGUGACUGCUGGCAACUCCUCGGGUGUCAACGACGGAGCGGGCGCUCUCAUCCUGGCGAGUGAAGAAGGUCUGAAGAAUAACAACUUGAAACCUUUGGUCCGUGUGCUCGGCUGGUCGUGUGUGGGUGUGGACCCCAGUGUGAUGGGCAUCGGACCAGUUCCAGCUAUACAGAACCUCCUGAAGGUCGCCAACCUGACCUUGAAGGAUAUAGAUCUCGUUGAGAUAAACGAGGCGUUCGCCGCCCAGACUCUGUCCUGUGCGAAAGCUUUGAAGCUCGACAUGGAGAAGCUGAACGUGAACGGAGGAGCCAUCGCUAUAGGACACCCGCUGGCGGCCUCCGGGGCGAGGAUCACGGCACACCUCGCACAUGAACUGAGACGAAGGGGACUCAAACGAGGCAUCGGCUCCGCCUGCAUCGGAGGUGGACAAGGGAUCGCGCUGCUGUUAGAAGUUGUAUAGAACAUCAAUUCAUAUCUUUUUAACCGCAUAUAUAAAGUAUUUUUAUGUUGUUAUUUAAAUAUAUUUUAUUAAACUGUUCAUAACUA